UUGCAAAUGUUAGGUUAAGGAAUAAUCGUUCAAGUUAGGUUAACUUGAAAUAGAUAUAUUUACUUAUUUUAUAAUAGUGUUAGUUUCAUACUUACACAUACUUUCUGUGUUUUGGUAAUAAAAUAUAACUUCACGAAAAUGAUGCGUUAUGAGGAAGAAAACGAAAAGUUACAAGACAAAUCAGCUUGUGCUGGAGUUAGGGCUGAUUUAAAAAUGUGUCUCCUAGAAAGCGAUUGCUGUAAAGUGCAUAAGAAGACGCCACGUGAAUGUUUAAAGCUCAAUGAUGGUACAGUUCCAACUCAGUGCCAAGUCCUUCGUAACACCUUCUUUGAAUGCAAACGAUCUUUGUUGGACAACAGACAGAGAUUUAGAGGAAGAAAGGGAUAUUAGAAUAUUUGACUUACCAAAUCAACAAAAGGUUUAGUGAUUUAGUUGUAUAUAUUGAGUGAUUAUUUAUUUUUUAAUAAAGUUGUAACUGAUAUUGGCUUUAUUAAAAAAAACAUGCCUAAUAUGAUUA